AUGUGGGAGCCUUUCGGCACUACGUCUACAAACGCGACCGCCUCGUGGAGAUCCGAACCUAAUGAAAGAGGCACCCUCAAUAUUUUGUCAACAUGUCUAAUCACACUUAUCUUGUGUGUCUAUACAUGUCUUCACGUGGAUAUUCCAGAGCAUGGUAAAACGCCUUGGACGCACGUACUGAAGAGAAAAUUGUUUUGGUUACUUCCUGGAAUUUUCGCUCCCGAGAUUGUCGCCUUUAUUGCUGCCAGACAAUGGUUUUUCGCGAGGAACCUCGAAAUACACAUGAGAUCUCUUUUGGACCCUUUAGUUCUACAGACAUCGAAAGACUCGAGCGCCUUUGGUUAUCUGAGAAGCCAUAGAUCCCGUGGCCUGAUAAGACUUCACUCCUGGACACGGCUCCAUGCCCACUAUGCCCUCAUGGGAGGCUUUGCAUUCGACACAAGCAAAGCGCCUAUCCAAUUCAUGCCAGAAGGUCGAACUCGACUGACACUAACAUCAGUCGCCUUGCGCAAACUCGCAUUAGACUACCCCGACCUGGUCCCGGAUAUUUCAGCUGAGACUAUUCGUGAGAAAGGCAAAGCAAACGGGUUUGCAAAGAGUAUAGUCUGUAUUCAGGCUUUUUGGUUCAUCGUCCAAGUAAUAGGCCGGCUUGCAGCGAAGUAUCCGAUAAGCUUAUUGGAGAUGAACACCUUUCUCCAUGCUCUUUGCUGCCUGGCAAUAUAUUGCGCAUGGUGGAACAAACCUCUGGACAUU